GAGGUGCCCAGCAUAGGGAUAGGGAUAUGUUCCAGGCUGGUAAGACCCACAAGGCUCUUCGACGGCGCUCGCCGAGAGAAGAGCUGCCCACCGCGCCCGAGCCACGCCGCGACGUGCUCCCGGCCGGCGCUGCUCCGCUACUCCGCGUCCGCGGCGGUGACCGCGCUGCCCGGCGCCGCGCUGCCGGCCACCUCCUCGCAGUGCCUCGCGGUGUCCUUCGUGCUCGGCGCCUCGCCCCUGGUCGGACAGCCGGUGCUGUUGCUCGUGCGCCGCAGAGUCCGUGUUGCCCAGUGCCUACUAGUGCCAGAUGUGGGCCAGGGGGGGACAAACGUUUUUUUCCCAUGCGCUGGCUUUGCGAUGCUCCUGUGA